CGGGGGAUAUUUGUUCGUGUUCGAAAGGGGCAUUAGGGUGAGGAGGAACGUGGCACUUCCCCUGAGACUGCAGGGCACGCGGAGUCGGCUGAAGUGACGUGCGUUUGAGUAUCUCUUCCCGGGCGACUGUUGGAAGUGGACCACGUUAAAUGGUGGCCUCUGGUGAACAUAGACGGUUCCUGGGAGACACAGAAAGCAGCAAGAAACCCAGGCUGAUGCGAUGGUGGACUCAGUGUGGCUUGAGACACGCUCAAAUCGGCCUGGCCGCGCUGCUGUUCAUCAUCCUCUGGACGCUCCUGAUAAUUAUUCUUUGGACAAAGGACACAGACUACACAAUAUAUCACACCUGCAAAUGUAAAGAAAAAAAUCCCCAGUGUAAUACGCGGCUACGCGAUGACCUCGGCACGUAUGAAGUUGGUGAUGAAGUUUUUUCCGGGAGGCAGGAUAUGUUUCCCCGGAGAAUAAAAAGCAGCCCACCACAUGGUUUAAAUGACACAGACCUUCAUGGUGAUGACGACACGAAUAGCAUCGACACUUCCAGAAAAAGGUGGAGGAGGCUCUGCACUUCUCGCUGGGACCCCGCUCUUCCCGUUAUCUUCGCCGUGACCCCCACGUAUGCUCGCGCCACACAGAAAGCGGAUCUCACGCGCCUCUCGCACACCAUGGCCCUGGUGCCCAACUUGCACUGGCUGGUCGUGGAGGAUGCGCCCGCGCCCUCGGCUCUCGUCUCCGCCGUGCUCCGCAACGCCUGGCCGCUAUCCUACAGCCACCUGCACAUGGAAACACCUAAACAGGACCCCCUUAAGCCCAACAGAAGCCGCUCCUCAUUUCCAAGAGGCACGUUCCAGAGGAACGAGGCUCUGCGCUGGCUCAGGGAGACGUAUGGCAACCGGUAUGGGUCUCACGAUGCAACCGGGGAGUCUGGCUUGGAUCCUCGGGCUCUGAACGGGGUCGUCUAUUUUGCAGACGACGACAACACUUACAGCAUGGACAUAUUUGAGGAGAUGCGACACACAACAAAUGUGUCCGUGUGGCCCGUGGCGUUUGUGGGCGGCUUGCGUUACGAAUCUGUAGUGGUGGGGGCCAAUGGCGUGGUCACCGGCUGGAAGGUUGCAUACGGCCCCACGCGAUCAUUCGCCAUCGACAUGGCCGGUUUCGCCAUCAACCUGAACCUACUCCUGCAGAAUCCUAAAGCAUACUUCAAGUUCCACGUGAGGAGUGGGAACCAGGAGUCCAGCCUUCUCGAGCAACUCGUGACCAGAGACCAACUGGAGCCAAAAGCUGACAACUGCACCAAGGUGCUGGUGUGGCACACACGCACCUCGAAACCCAACUUUCAGCGUGAACGAGGAAAAGGUUUUUCUGACCCCAAUGUGGAGGUGUAAUGACGGAUGACUGCUUCAUGCACGAUGCCGGCUUUUGCACGGUUUACUGCGACGUGAUGGUCCUGUUGCCGAAACAAGUAGAGCACUGCUUUGCGUCAUGAUCCCUGCACAUACAUGGAAUUCUACAGAUGAAAUGCACCUUAACAUUUCAAGUAAUUAUUAUUACAAUAACACUUGGGUGCUCUGAUUGAAACAAAGGCUAUUAAGAGUGCUAUAUUCUCAUCUUCAUUACGUGGCUGCUCAGCCCCCUUGUUGCUCACUCUCCAGUCGAGUUUCUCCCUACCCUGCACUAAUACAUAUUAUUGCGUGGUUUAGUUAAAUUUUUUAUAAAUUCCAUUCAGAAUCAAAAUCUUUCUUCAUCCCGGAUGAUUAUCAUGGGCUAUUAAGCUCCCUUUCUCAAAUGUCCAUUCCAUCGCAUGCACAUGACAUAUGCACUCUGCAUGGGAAAAGUAAUUGCCUUUGCUCGAGAUGCAAUAAUGCGAUGUGUGUUUCUCGCCUGCUGUGCGGUGCUCACUGUGACUGCUAUCGGGAGUUGUUUACAUUGAGCCGUUUAAUGGUUUCGAUUCGCAAUGUUAUUUUUUAUAUUCAUUCUCAGUAACAUGCAUAAAUGGUAGCGAUGAGCACUUAAACAUAUAUAGCACCUGCUUGCAUGAAAGAACAGAUCCCCACUGUCACAAAUGUACGAUUCAACCGUUGUUUAUGUGUGCUGGUUUCAGAGCCCAAAUCUCCUAAACUAAAAUGACGUAGAACUCAAUUGUUAAAAUGAUUGAUACCCUAAUUUAAAUGCAAUUAACAAGUCUCCGUUGGAAGAGAAACAGGAACCUAAAUUGACUCUGCCGGAGAUCAUAAUGUAUCCUCCCGUGUAAGCGUAUGGGAUGUGAACUAAUUGCCGAUCACAUAUAGAAUGUUUUAAGUCUCCAAAUACAAAGUUCAAAUGUUCACAUAGUAUGAAGUACGCCUCCACAUCAAUAAAGUGUGUUUACACAUCC